CAGUGUCCGACGUCACUCACUGCAAAAACAGCUGCAGAUCUGCUACAUACAUGAUCCAUGCCGAGCUAUAUACAUAUACUGUACAUGUACUGUAGAUAGUAUCCAUGGAUGCAUGAGUGAUUGAUUGAUCCCUUUCUUUUGUGCGCUGAUCUGUAGCUGCUGCUAUUGCAUACAAUAAUAAUAAUAAUGGACUGGUAUCCCGCGCAGUUCUUCAACCCUGCAGCCCCACCGCCAUCUUCACCCUUCGCCCUUCUUGUGCUCAACCAGCCAAUCAACCAAAAUGCAUACACGAUCCUCAAGAAGCAUGCAAGCUUCACAAUCUGUGCAGAUGGCGGGGCUAAUCACCUGUACAACCUCAUGCGUAAAUCGGGCAGAGAGUCAAUAGAGCUCCCCGACGCCAUCGUAGGAGACCUGGACUCCAUCUCCCCCAAGGUCCGCAAACACUAUGAAGACCUGCAGGUCCCCAUCAUCUACGACCCGAGCCAGUAUUCUACAGAUGUGACUAAAUGUCUGUCCUAUUUGCGCUCGCGUACGCAGAGUAUCAAUGCACCCCGUAGCAGCAAGAACGGUGCAGCGGUAGCAGCCGCACCAAGCGCAUCCACAGUAAACGAGAACGAUAUAGAUAUCAACGUCCUCCUCCUAGGCGGGCUGGGCGGACGAGUCGACCAAGCCUUCUCGCUCAUCAAUCAUCUAUAUCUCUCAUCAACAUCAUCUUCCUCCCCAACCCCAACCGAACAACGGCACUUAUACCUCAUCUCCGAAGAAAGCAUCUCCUUCCUCCUCCACCGCGGCCGGAAUAGAAUCCAUGUGCCCGGCGGCUCCUUGAUGGGCGUAUCACCGUCUCCAGCGCCAUCACCUCCAUCACAAUCAACAACAACGGCAACAACAACAACUACAACUACGCAAACAACUCCAUUCGCCGAAAACGUCGGCAUAAUUCCCAUCGCCGGUCCCGCCGCGAUAACCACCCAAGGCCUCGAAUGGGACAUCCAUGACUGGAAAACCCGUUUUGGCGGCCAGGUUAGUUCGAGCAAUCAUGUGCGCAGUGAGGUUGUGGAGGUGCUCGUGGAGAGUGAGGGGCCGGUGUUGUUUACCAUCGAGCUGGCGGGGUGGCUGAAGGGGGGUGAGGGGUUGUAAGUUUUUUGUAAUGUUAUGUGCUGUGUUUUAGAAAUAUAUGCGGGUACAGUGGCGUUUUCUUUUGAUAGAUUUUAUGAUUUACUGUAACUAUUAUAUGUAUUUUUUUCCUAAGAAAAAAGUCGAAAUGUAGGAUAAUAAUCAGUUAUAUGUGUAAAAAGGAUGCUUCCUUCAUACACCUAUACCCGGACACAGCAAACUACAUAAUUUCUUCCCCCCAUUUUUAACAGACAAUCAAUUCUCUAAUUCCCUCUUCUCACUAAUAUUUUGUAUCUGUCCUGGUUUUAAUUUUAUC